CAUGGUUUAAAAGAAGGAAAAAACAAACCCUCACUGAUCACCAGGAAACUAGAGGAAGAGCAAAGCCAGCUCACAACAUAUAAUAUGGUGAUUGCAGAGCUGAGAUGAGGCACCCUGCCUUCUAUUAAAAGUGCUGUGCUCGGAGCAUUUCACUUUCACCGAUAAUUUGCUGGAGGGCGAUGACUAAAACAGACGCACUCCCUCUCUCCAACUCACACUCGCAGGCGUGCACGUGGACGCAAACAGAUUCAAAGUGAGCUGAAGGCUACACUCGCACGUCUCCCAGUGCUCUGGAUGGGAAGCCGGGACGUAAAGAGAGCUGGGCUACAUUGUAAUACACACACACAUGCACACUCACUCACAUUCGCUCUGCCUGUCUGACACAGACUCUCUACUUAGAGCGCUGGAGAGAGGACUGAAGCUCACACUAUCAGCACUGCUUCUCAAUGGGGGGAUGCAGCCAAGAGCAGACAGAGCAGUCAUUCCACUGGAGCCUUCCGCUGCACGCGUGAGAAGGAGACGACAAGUGAGGAGGGUAAAUUAGCUCCCUGUCAACAGAACAUAGGAGUUUUACUGACGGAGAAGAGACACUGAAGGAAGGAGAGCACAUCUUCACGAAUGUGGCUGAGACAGCAGUGACAUGAUCAGCCUUCCAUCCCUCAAAUCCUGGCCAGUUUGUAACAAAGACCCCUGGGUGUUUUGCUUUUGGUGACUGUUUGUGUUGCCAAAGGAUUUCAAAAAGAACCCGAGCAGCAGGGGUCCAAAAGGAUAUAUAGAAAGGAAAGAACAGCCUUUUUAGCUCCCUUUUGUGCAGUGUUUGGCUUAUCUGUUAGUGGAAUUUCAGGCUGAAAACCCUGGCUCCCAAGUAUGGAUGGAUUUAAGACUGAGGAGUGAGUCUGCUGGGCAGGCAGUGAUUCUGACUGAACUCCUUUGCUUCUGAACGCAGCGCUCAGACUCGGCCUUACCAUGUCCUGGUUGUUGGCCAUGUGGAUUAGCCUCGGCUUCCUGCUGCUGUGCCAGGCAACUCUCUACCAGACCAUCCAACAGCACCAUGUGGCCCGGCCUGGUCGCACUGACAUUCUCACCCUGGAAAUCAAAACUCAUCAGACCUGGCAACAUUUUUCCAGUCUUCUGUCCAAUUUUGAGGGUGGUACGUGCGAGGUGAUUGCUGCCCACCGAUGCUGUAACAAGAAUCGUAUCGAGGAGCGCUCUCAGACAGUCAAGUGCUCCUGUUUACCGGGGAAAGUGGCCGGGACGACACGCAACAAACCCUCCUGUGUGGAUGCGUCCAUUGUAAUUGGGAAAUGGUGGUGUGAGAUGGAACCGUGUCUGGAGGGAGAAGAGUGUAAGACUCUGCCUGACAACUCUGGAUGGAUGUGCUCCUCUGGGAACAAAAUCAAGACCACAAGGAACACCCAGCCAUACUCCCCUUUUUAGCUUCCGGAAGCAAAAUGCAGAGGAUGCGUCAACAGAAAUUGAGCUGCAUUCUUGCUUCUGUAAAGAUUCAUCCCAGGACCUAACAGAGAGCUCCCAUUGCAGGGCUCAGCGCCAGGCUCCUUCCCCUCAUGUACCCUUUCUCUUCUCAUCGAAUGGACUAAAACUAUUACAUCCACGACUACUGACUGGAUUACCUGGGACCAUAGAAAGGAUAUCCACCCAGAUAAAACGGCUUUGCUCGCGUGGUGCCAAGGAUUUGAAACCAGACUAAUCCCGUGUUUGAUCAAUGAGCUCCAUGUUGGUGACUCUCCUCUUCCACACAGCUGUGGCCAGUUUCUGACCUACUCUUCCCUCACUCUGUUUCCCUCUACAGAACUGAAGCAGCUUAGCAGGGGCUAUUUAGAGGUUGUUAAAACAUAAUUUGAAGACGUUCUCCCCGCCCGUCUGAGGGUGAACUGGUUGGCAAACUUUCAUAGACCUGAACAUGCAAUCUGUGGAACUGAGGGCACAUUGGGGGAAAUUACGUCGCUUUAUUUUUAUUUCUGUGUGGAAAGCAUUUGUAUUUGACUCACUACCUGAGACUGAUGGCUUUGUUGUGGCUGCACCGAGGAAACCGUCAGCUGUUACCGCUAGAAGCCCAUAGUCGAUUAAUGAAGACUCUCAGAGAGGCUUUAGGGUCAACCCCAUGGCCUCACCCUCAUCCUCCACGACGAACAUUCUGACUUUUAUUGGUGGGCAUGCCCAGUGUAAAUUCAUGAGCACUUCUUUUCUUUGUAUGUAAGAUAAUUUGUGUAUAUAUACACAUAUAUAAAUACAUUACAUGUUAAGAUGACAGAUCCAAGAAGCUGAAAAAUAUAUUUACAGAAUUCAAGCCCCGUGUUGGAAUCCUGAAUAACCCUUAAACAUGAGCCAGAGGCUGUCGUCACAGUGCGGUGUGUCUAGGACUGUUUCGCAUUGGAAGAAAAAGCCACAACGGAAUCAUAAAAAUAAGUUCUGCUCACUUUUGUCAUUCAGCAAUGUUGUUUGGUUACUCCAGAAAGCGCUUGUUGUUUCAGUAAAGCUGAGGAAAACACUGUAUAGAACUGCCUCACUAAAGAAAGCAGCAACACCCACCCAUGACCUUUCCCCUCAGACACAUCAGAGAAACUCUGACCAUAAUAGGACAAUUAAGUUUCUGCAGCGGAGAGCGGUCACGGGUGAGAGUGUCUGUAAUGUAGAUGUUCCUCUUACACACACCAGAGAGAUGAUUUAUUCAAAGUGACAGUGAGAAAGUAUUAGUCACAAAGGAGAAACAUAGUUAUCCCCCAGUAGCUAUAAGUACAUUACAGGACAGCCUUAUGAGAAAUAAAAAUGGUUUUCUAUACUGAUA